AUGAAAGCCGGACUUUUCCUUACGGGCUUGACCCUCGCCGCGAGCGCCAGCGCCCACAUCAGACAUGGACACCGCCAUGAGCACAAGAAGAGAGGCGACAACGUCGUCAACCACACUGAGGUGUCGUACGUGACCGCCACCGCACCAGACGUUGUCGUCUACGUCGACAGCAACGGCAAGCCAAUCUCCACUGGUCCCCCAGCUGGUGCCGCUCCACCAGCUUACCACGCCCCGGCCGAGCAACCAAAGGCUCCAGCAGCACCAGCACACACUCCACCCAAGGAUACGCCAAAGGCUCCAGCUGCACCUGCACACUCUGCUCCAUCCGGUGGCUCCAGCUCCGGCUCUGGCCGGGGUAUCACAUACUCUCCCUACAACGCAGACCACACUUGCAAGUCCGCGGAGGAUGUGAAGCGCGAUCUCUCCAAGCUCACUGGCUACGACCUGAUCCGUCUCUACGGCUCUGACUGCAACCAAGUCGCCAACGUUCUCGCUGCUUGCAACGCCAAGCUCUUCCUCGGUGUCUUCGACAUCAAGAACCUACAGACCGAAGCCAGCACCCUGAUCAAGCAGGCCAAGGGAUCUUGGGACCGUGUGGACACCAUCAGCAUCGGUAACGAGCUCGUAAACAGUGGCGGUGCCUCUGUCGACGAGGUCGUUGCUGCCAUCAACACCGCUCGUGGUAUCUUCAAGGCAGCCGGCUACUCUGGCAACAUCGUCACCGUUGACACCUUCGUCGCCAUAAUUGCCAACCCCGGUCUCUGCCAGGCUUCCGACUACGCCGCUGCCAACUGCCACGCUUUCUUCGACGGUGGCAAGACCGCCGAGCAAGCCGGUGACUUCGUCAAGGACCAGGCCCAGCGUGUUGCUAAUGCGUGCGGUGGCAAGCGUGUCGUUAUCACCGAGACUGGCUGGCCAUCGCAGGGCUCGCCAAACGGUUCCGCUGUUCCAUCCAAGGAGAACCAGGCCGCUGCCAUCUCUAGUUUGAAGUCCAAGUUCGACAAGGACAUGUUCCUUUUCACCGCAUACAACGACAUGUGGAAAGUGGACACCGCAGCCACGUUCGGCUGUGAGAAGUACUGGGGUAUCAUGUAA